AUAGAAUAUAUCUUAAUAAUUAUUUUCGUUCAAAGAAGUGUUACAAAGCAGUUAUCAGCGUUAUACUUGUAUUUUUUAAAGAGGAAAUUUCCUAAUAGUAAUAAUUCUCUACUUUCGGUUUCAACACUGUUCAAGCUAACAUAUAACAAUGGCCGGUAUGUCCAAGUUUGUAGAGAGUUUACCAGAAGAUUAUGGCUAUGUAGUGUUGACAGGUGUUGGCAGUGUUUUUGUUAACAUGUGGAUGGCCAUUAAUGUUGGACGGGCCAGAAAACAAUAUGAAGUCAAGUACCCACAGUUGUAUCAUCCAGAACCAAACCAUGUCUUUAACUGUAUUCAGAGGGCACAUCAAAACACACUUGAAGGCAGUUCAACAUUUAUGUUUCUGCUGUUGACCAGCGGACUUCAGUAUCCAAAAUGUUCAGCUGCAGCAGGUGCUGUGUGUCUAGUAGCUAGAAUAGCUUAUGCCAUGGGAUAUUACACUGGAGAUCCUGAGAAAAGGAGAUGGGGAGGUUUUGGUCAUAUCUCUGAACUAGUGUUGCUGGGAGGUGUUGUGUCUCUGGCCUUCCACCAACUCGGCUGGUGGCCAUGCAAGAAGUAAACAGGUAAUACAGGUGACAGACAGGGAAGCUUUUGGUUGAUGCGUCACCAAAUUUAUUCAUUCAUUUAUCAUAGAUGAGAAGACAAAACUUUUAUAUAAAAUAAAAGAAUGAUAAAUUUUCAGUAGAGUUAGUAGUAGAAGCCAUAUAGUUUAGAACUAUCACUAGUAUGAAAUAUAUGUUGUGAUGUGUAUAAUAUUGUUAUCUUUUUGAAAGAUUUUUGUUUUAUAAAUACAUGUAUAUGACUUGGUUUACAGGAUUUUCUAUCAAAUGCCAUUUGUAUAGUAAUACAGUUUAUCUUUCCUCAGUAUUCUCCAUGAUCUUACAACCCUAGGUUUGUAUUUUCUGGUAAAAUAAACUAAAUGACUAGGAGUUGACUUUUUGUGCUGCCUUUCUUCUACCAGUAUAGAAUUUUUUACAAUUUUUUUUUAAUUUUUAUACAAUUUUGAUACAUAAUGUAUUUGUUUGGAUAAAAAAUAAUAAAUUUAUUUUCAAAAGCAGUCUAAAAUAUACAUCACCAUUGACUUGUCUGUUUUCUUUGAGAUAUAAUAUUUUACAUGUCAUUUACCCUAUGUAGAAAUACAAGAUCAUUGCCUUUAAACUAGACCCUUAGUGUUUAUGUAUAAUUUACAUGUACAUAUAUAAUUUGAA